AUGCCCCAGGGUUCGAAACGCAAAUACACCUCUUACCGGGAACCCUCUCAUCGCAUGGCGCCACAAACCGGCACGACCACCGGUCGUCUCAUUGUGCCCACCGUUGAGACCCAGGAACUGUACAACAAAUGGCGACAAGCCUAUGAAGAAGGGCUUAACGAAGAGACUUUGAGACAGAUGCAGAACAUGCACGCUGGCCAUCUCCACCCCCCCUCACCGUCUCGAGCAACUUCGUCACGGUCGCCCUCCAAUGCGAGCACUACCUACUCCGUCUCACAUGCGAUGGGUGAGAUGGACGUUGGAGAUCAGUCACAAACCGGGAAGCAGAAACCCGGCCGCCGGGGGCCGUUGAAACCAAUAAAGCAGCUGAGGGCGAAUUUGAUGCGCAAGAUAGGCGCCUGCCCCGACUGUCGGGAACGCAGAGUCUCGUGCAAGGACCAUCAUAUACUCACCCUCUUCGAACAAGCGUACCAAGCCGCCAAGCAAAAGACUACCAGCCCACCCGUCAAUGCCGACUUCCAUGCCGAGUCUACCACUCCAUAUCAAACACGCCUCGGUAGCCCGGCCGACCUCGCCGGUGUGGGGGGUGGACAAAACCCCAUUGGCGACCUGCCGUAUCACCAUCUUCCGGACAACCCUCAAGGUGUGAUAGAUGACGGCCUUCUGGACUUCGAUUUGUCUCAGAACACCCAAUUCAACCCUCGACCGGACCUGGCGCCACUUCUGUCCAUAUUUCCAGGCUCACAAGUGCCCGUUUCCAACCCAACCAUUCAAUACACGCUUAUUCCUGGGCCCCAGGGCCCACAGCCCGUGGCAAUCGGCAAACAGCUCGCGCCGCUCAGCCAGCACUGGGUUUGCUUUGGGGGAAACUACGCAUCUAGCCUUUCGCAUUGCGGUCAGCGAUUUCCCAAUUUACCAGCCCUGGAGCAACACUUUGCAGCUGAUCAUGCCCGCCUCUACGGGCAGUAUCACACCUGGGGUUGCAGCGAUUGCCGAUACCAGGAGUCGUGUAUCCCAGCUACAAAUCGUUGCAUCCAAUGCCAAAAACCAGCUCAGUGGGAAAUGUGGUACUGGGGCACGGUGGACGACCCGUCGGCGCCUCCGUCGGUAGUUCCCGGUCUGAGUAUAAGUCAAGGCGAGUCGCUGUCUGGACCUUCCUCCCAGGCUAGCCACUCCGUUCAACACCCUGACCCAUCCACGACUUACAACAAUACUUACAUACCCUCGUCCGGGUCCGGGGGUUAUGGAUAUGGAUAUGGCGGCGGCCAGUCCUACAUGUCCACAACCGCAAUCCCAACCCCAACGGCGGACGCGAAACUCACUUGCCACCCCUGCAAGCCGCUCAUCGCUGGCAUGUGUUUUUCGAAAUUGUGUCAUUUGAAACGCGCCGGCAACACGAUAUUUCCCCGGCGGGUCUGCCCCGUGGUGAUCGUCCUGAUUGUCUCUGUGCUCGCCCUCAUCGCCCGCGUCGUGUCCCCUCCCUCAAACCACCACCAUUUCAUCGACGGGGUCGACCCCAUCUGGGAUCUCCUCCGGCUUGUCAUGUACAACGGACACCCCAGCAUCCCCCAGCUAUCCGUCGCCUGUAUUGUCGCCGGCUUGGCCGGGACCUGGUUGUUUUGGCAUGUGAUGCAUAAGAUGACGCAACCGCCGGACGCACAGGUGUGUUCCUUGCGACCCCGUCUCAUAUCCGCGUUGGAGGACUUGCGAGCGAUAUGCUAA